GGGCGGGGCGCGUCGUCGGAGCCCGUUUGCGACAACGUGCGGCUGCGCGGCUUGGCUGACGGCAGCGCCGCGCCGCUCUCGGGGAGGUCACUCCGGAGACGGCGUAGGUUUGGGGGUGUUGGGGUCGGUGGCACGAUGUGGCGCGUCUGUGCGCGACGGGCCCGGGAUGCGGCUCCCCGGGCCGGGAUCGGGGCUCGGCGGGCCGCCCUGCGGGAGGGCCCGGGGGUCCCGAGCGCAACCCCGCGGGGCGCUCCGGCCCCGGCUCGUUGCCACGGCGCGACCCCUGGAUACUGCGGCGUCCGCGCCGUCUGCGGCUGGCGCCCCGGCCCGUGGGCCUCGUCGCGGGGUCGCUUCCCGCUGCAGCUGUUGGGGUCGCCCGGCCGCCGCUGUUACAGUCUCCCCCCGCAUCAGAAGGUUGCAUUGCCCUCUCUUUCCCCCACCAUGCAAGCAGGCACCAUCGCCCGUUGGGAGAAAAAGGAAGGGGAAAAAAUCAACGAGGGCGAACUCAUUGCAGAGGUUGAAACUGAUAAAGCCACGGUGGGAUUUGAGAGCAUGGAGGAGUGUUACAUGGCAAAGAUACUUGUUGCUGAAGGCACCAGAGAUGUUCCCAUUGGAUCAGUCAUCUGUAUCACAGUUGAAAAACCUGAGGAUGUUGAGGCCUUUAAAAAUUAUACAUUGGAUUCGGCAGCACCCACCCCACAAGCAGCCCCAGCACCAACCCCUGCUGUCACUUCUUCGCCACCUACACCUUCUGCUCAGGCUCCUGGUAGCUCAUUUCCCACUCACAUGCAGGUGCUUCUUCCUGCCCUCUCUCCCACCAUGACCAUGGGGACAGUUCAGAGAUGGGAAAAAAAAGUGGGUGAGAAGCUAAGUGAAGGAGACUUACUGGCAGAGAUAGAGACUGACAAGGCCACUAUAGGUUUUGAAGUACAAGAAGAAGGUUACCUGGCAAAAAUUUUGGUCCCAGAAGGCACAAGAGAUGUCCCUUUAGGAACACCACUCUGUAUCAUUGUAGAAAAAGAGGCAGAUAUACCAGCAUUUGCUGACUAUAGGCCAACUGGAGUAACUGAUUUAAAGCCACAAGCACCACCACCUACCCCUCCCCCGGCGACCCCUGUUCCUCCAACUCCCCAACCUGUAGCCUCUACACCAUCAGCCACCCGCCCGGCUACUCCUGCUGGACCAAAGGGAAGGUUGUUUGUUAGCCCUCUUGCAAAGAAAUUGGCAGCAGAGAAGGGGAUUGACCUUACACAAGUAAAAGGGACGGGACCAGAAGGCAGAAUCAUCAAGAAGGACAUCGACUCUUUUGUGCCUACUAAAGCUGCUCCUGCUCCAGCAGCUGCCGUGCCUCCCCCAGCUCCAGGAGUGGCACCAGUACCUACAGGUGUCUUCACAGAUAUCCCAGUCAGCAACAUUCGUCGAGUUAUUGCACAGCGGUUAAUGCAAUCCAAGCAAACCAUACCUCAUUAUUACCUUUCUAUUGAUGUCAAUAUGGGAGAAGUUUUGUUGGUACGGAAAGAACUUAAUAAGAUGUUAGAAGGGAAAAGCAAAAUUUCUGUCAAUGACUUCCUCAUAAAAGCUUCAGCUUUGGCAUGUUUAAAAGUUCCUGAAGCAAAUUCUUCUUGGCUGGACACAGUUAUAAGACAAAAUCAUGUUGUCGAUAUCAGUGUUGCAGUCAGUACUCCUGCAGGACUCAUCACACCUAUUGUAUUUAAUGCACAUAUAAAGGGGCUGGAAACCAUUGCUAAUGAUGUUGCUUCUUUAGCAACCAAAGCACGAGAGGGUAAACUACAGCCACAUGAAUUCCAGGGUGGCACUUUUACAAUCUCCAAUUUAGGAAUGUUUGGAAUUAAGAACUUCUCUGCUAUUAUUAACCCGCCUCAGGCAUGUAUUUUGGCCAUUGGUGCUUCAGAAGAUAGACUGGUUCCAGCAGAUAAUGAAAAAGGGUUUGAUGUGGCUAGCAUGAUGUCUGUUACACUCAGUUGUGAUCAUCGGGUUGUGGAUGGAGCAGUUGGAGCCCAGUGGCUUGCUGAGUUUAGAAAGUACCUUGAAAAACCUAUCACCAUGUUGUUAUAAUUAACCCAAGAAUUUCUACAGACUUUCCCAAGUUACAUUGGUUCAUUCUUAUCAAGAUAUAAAUAUGUUAUUAAAUAGGUGUUUCUUUUUAUUUUAAAGCUAACCAGUUAUUUUUUAGUCUGUCCAGUUAAGUUAUUUGUAAUGGUCAUUAUGUUAUCUUUUAAAAUGCCAGUUACACCCAAAUAUUGUGCACAUUUAGUAAAUACCAGCUUUUAAGCUGUGUACUCAUAGGCAAGGGACAUGCAGCAUAGCACUUUGGUGAUAAGUACUUCCACUGGGAAAUGUAGAGGUAGAAUGAGUCAGGUAUAUUCAAGUAACCUGGAUGAAACCAUGAGAUUUUGAGAUUUAAUUGCCUCAAAUGUUUUCCUUAUAUUUGAAGAAAAGAGAAAUCAGGAAAAUUUAUUCUCUUGGAGAAAAGGUUUGAAUCAAAGUGUGAUGUUGUAAUUUAACCCUAAUUAAAAUUUUUCUGUUAUAUGAUCUUGGUUUUAUCAUGGAUGGGAAAAGUAGAAAACUUCAAAGAAAAUAAGUGAAAAUUUAAAAGUCAGCAUUUUCUUAGAUUUCUUCAACCACUGUUCUAUGUUUAUUUUUUUAUGUAUCCUAAAAAGGUGGUUCCCCCUUCUUGAGAUGAGAUAGAAAUAUAAACCAGCUGCUUGGCAUAAAUGAGAAUUUGUGUGGGUGCUUAAACAAUUUAAAUGUAUAAUUCUGAGCAAAAUUCUACAGUUACCUCCAAAUAAAAGAAUAUGCUUAUAGAAUUUUACAGAGAAGUUGUGAAAGUAGAAUUUUUCCUCCAAUAUCAACUGGAGGUUACCUGCAAAUGAACUUAAUUACCAGAAUUUACUACUCAGAUAACUUUGGGAAACUGGAAUACGUAUACAUAUAUAACAUAUGAUUUCUAGCAAGAUAUGUGCCAAAGUCCGUAUGUAUAUCAACAAGUUCUGUCUGAAGAGGGAGAGAGAUACAUUGGUGAACAGUUUAGAAUAUAAAAGAUGAUGACCACAACAAAAUGGUCAUUUCUAUUUGGAAAAAGGAAAAGCUUAAAUGUGUGUUACAGUGUCCUUUAUUUUUCCACCCCAGUGUUGACUCGUGUAAAAUAAAAAAAGCCCUAAAAUCCUAUUGGAGAGAAAAUAAUUAUUUAGGUUGCAUACUACCUUAUCAGCCUAAAUAUUUUUUCCCAUUUUGCCUUCUGAGCAGGGACUGGGGUGAGGUUCAAGAUAAUAAAAAUGAAUUGGGAACAUUAUCACAAUUCCAGGCUUUUAAUUGAAUUGAUGUGCUUUAAUAAAUAUUUGAAAUUGUUUGACUAUUUAAAAUUAA